UCCCUCGCUGGGUGCUGCGCAAGUGCUGGGGUCGUUCCUGCUGCCAGCUCCGGAGCGAUGCUGCGAGUGCGGUGCCUGCGCGGAGGGAGCAGGGGGGCCGAGGCGGCGCAUUACAUCGGGUCCCAGGGGCUGAGCUACUCGGGUUAGAGAGAGAAGACCCCCUGGACCAGAGCCUUACACUGAGCUAACCUGGUUUGGAGCAGCCUGGCUUAACCAGCAGCAAGGCAAUGACCCUGUCGCCCGAUGGAGCUGGGAGCCCGAUUCCCACCCUGCAAGCUUGGAAGAUCCUUUACAGGAUGGGUGCAGCGAACUUUCCAGAGCACCCAGGCAGCUGCUGCCUCCCAGAAUUCCUGUGCUGUUGAUGACAAUAAGGCCACUGCCCCUGUUCCAGAGGACUGCCCUGUCAGCUCAUACAAUGAAUGGGACCCCCUGGAGGAAGUAAUUGUGGGGAGAGCUGAAAAUGCCUGUGUCCCUCCUUUUUCUGUGGAGGUUAAGGCCAACACAUAUGAAAAGAACUGGGAAUUCUAUCAGAAGUUUGGAGGACAGAGCUUCCCCAGAGAUCACUUAAAAAAGGCUAUUGCUGAAAUUGAAGAAAUGUGCAAUAUUCUGAAAAUGGAAGGAGUAAUUGUCAAGAGGCCUGAGCCAAUUGACUGGUCAGUCAAAUAUAAAACACCUGACUUUGAGUCUACAGGUAUGUAUGCUGCCAUGCCAAGAGACAUCUUGUUGGUAGUUGGAAAUGAAAUUAUCGAAGCACCAAUGGCUUGGCGUGCUCGUUUCUUCGAAUACAGAGCAUACAGGCCAGUCAUCAAAGACUACUUCCACCGGGGUGCCAAGUGGACAACUGCACCCAAACCCACAAUGGCUGAUGAACUCUAUGACCAGGAUUACCCCAUCCACUCCGUACAAGACCGACAUAAACUGGCUGCUCAGGGAAAAUUCGUGACAACUGAAUUUGAACCAUGCUUUGAUGCUGCUGACUUCAUUAGAGCUGGAAGAGAUAUUUUUGUGCAGAGAAGCCAGGUUACCAACAAUUCAGGCAUUGAGUGGAUGCGGAGACAUCUUGCACCAGAAUAUAGAGUUCAUACUUUGUCCUUUAAAGAUCCUAACCCUAUGCACAUUGAUGCCACGCUUAACAUCAUUGGGCCUGGUCUUGUGCUGUCCAACCCAGAUCGCCCAUGCCACCAGAUUGAAUUCUUCAAGAAAGCAGGCUGGACAGUGAUUUACCCUCCGUUGCCACUUAUCCCGGAUGACCACCCAUUAUGGAUGUCUUCGAAAUGGCUCUCCAUGAACGUCUUAAUGCUGGAUGAAAAACGAGUGAUGGUGGAUGCCAAUGAGACUCCAAUUCAGAAGAUGUUUGAAAAUCUAGGCAUUUCUACAAUUAAAGUGAAUAUUCGCCAUGCCAAUUCCUUGGGAGGUGGUUUCCAUUGCUGGACAUGUGACAUUCGCCGCCGUGGUACCCUACAGUCUUAUUUAGACUAGUCUUCAGCCGGAUGAGCAACCAUGGUUCAGCUUGUGUGAAAUAAGCAUAGGAAAUGAACAAACUUACUUCCACUUUUCUGCUAAAACAAAUGCAUGAGCUGUAGUGCUUAAGCAAUGGUGUCCCUUACAGUGGUCUGAACAGAUACUUCACUCUUCAUUUUUUUAAUUAAUAAGUAAAAAGUGAUUUUAUUAAAUACAUAGUAGGCAGCUGCAUUUGAAACUCUCCCAUCAGCACCACAGGUCUUCUGGCUGGCUUUUUGAAAGAUUUUCCUCUGUUUGUGAAGCCACUUCAGCAUGGCUUCAAAAGUAAAAACUUGACAAUACACCUAAGGCUCUUGCUAGAAUAGCUUGACCACUAAUAUUAGACAUCUACCUCUAUCUAAUAUUCUAU